AUGUGUGACAGCGAUUCAGGAUUAUCUAUAAGCAUGAAUGGGAGUCAAAAUGAUUCACCUACUCAAGGUCUCGUAUUUAUUAGAGUCACGAUGCCAGACGAGACUAGUGAAACCUUCAGUUUCAGCCCAACGGAUUUAAUUAUGGACGUCAAGCUCACAGUAAUAAACAGAUCAAGUUCUUGUAUAAAGGAUGAAUUAAAUUUCGGUCUUUUUCUUCCACCUUCCAAAGGGAAAGCUGGAAAAUUCUUACAAGAUGAUAGAAUGCUAUUGGAUUAUCCAUUUGAAAGUUCAGUUGGUCACUUAGAAUUGAAGUAUAAACAGCGCGUCUAUCGUGUUUUAAAGACCAAUGUCAACAAGCUUCGCAAAAUCAACACCAAGGCGAAUUUUCGUCAAUUUAUUGAAAAUGUCAAGAUGGCCGAUGUAGAUAAAGUUAAUAAAUGGUUGAAUAAAGGACUGGAUCCGAAUUUCCAAUGGAAACCAAAUGGAGAAACUCCACUCACCAUGGCUGUGCAAUUAGAAAAACCAUAUGAAAUGAUUAUGGCUUUAGUAGCUGGUGGAGCGCAUUUAGACUAUCGAGCAUCAGACAGUAUGACACCACUUCAUCGUGCUUCAGUGAAAGGAAACUAUGAAGCUAUUAAGGUACUUCUUGAUCUUGGUCAAUCACCGAAUACACGAGACAAGGCAGAUUUAACGCCAUUAUAUUACGCAGUGUUGAACAACACAAUAUCUUUAUGUGUAGAACGACUGCUAUUUGAACAUUCUCCUCUUGGAAUAGCGGAUGAAGCAGGACUUCAAGAAAUACAUCAGGCAUGUAGAUUUGGUCGUGUACAACAUUUGGAAAUUUUACUUUCCUACGGCGCUGAAAUUAAUGUACAAACAUCAAAAAACGGCAAUACUCCACUACAUAUAUGUGCAUACACAGGACAAGAAUCCUGUGCUCGAAUGUUAUUAUUUCGGGGUGCUGAUAAAAAUAUUAAAAAUUUCAAUGGGCACACAACUUAUGAACAAGCAAUGAUUUCUAAUCAUCUAGAAAUAGCCGAUUUGAUUAAAAGUUUUCAAGAAGAAGAUGUUGUUCCGAUUCGUCAUUAUACACAGCGUAACCAUCGUCGAAGAUCAUUUUCACGUGCACGAUCACAUCAAAGGUGCUCUAGUAUGGGACGACUGAAUGACUUUUCGAAGCACACGAAUGGUGGAAGUAGAAUGAAUGAAGUAGAUGGAUUGGCCGAAUUAGAACAACAUAAUAGUGAUACACUUAAAGGGAAUUGUAUAAUAAGAAAUAAUACAUGGGUGAAUGCCAGUAUAAGUGGUUACCCGCUGAAUUCUAUGAUAUCUGAUCCCGUAGAUUUUGUUGACAAAAAAAAUUAUGCAGAAACUUCUCAUGAUCAGAAUAAUCAUUUAAAUCAAUCCAGAUCUGCAUAUAAUCUCAAUAGACUAUCAAAUGUUGUGAAUCAGAAAUGCCAUGAUCCCAAUGAUAUAGUAUAUCCCAACUAUUCUGCUACGAUGAGACCAUCCGUAAGUCGUCGCACAGGACGUUCAUCUACGCCAGCAGUACCUUAUACAACAAAUGAAUCCUUCAAACCAACUAAUGGUAAUGACCGACACAGUACAUAUCAUCCAAGUUUAGAUCCAGGAUGGAUAUCUCAAACAAAUGAAAGUGGCUCAGAAACAGCAUCUAUUUUUAGUGUUAGCUCGUCCAUGCGGACUCCAUCUACGAAUAGUGUCAAAAAUGGAUCAGCGAUCUUACAACUGUUAUUGGGAAACCGUGAUAGUAUUGCGGAUUUGGAUACCACAAACUUGCCUAGAAUGAUCGCACUUCAAAGAGGUCCCAAUGGUUUUGGAUUUGUUGUACGCGGUAAAAAAGGAAUAUCUGAAAAUUUUACACCGCGUCUUGAGUGUCCAGCCUCACAAUACCUUGAAAAAGUUGAGCCACAUAGUGCAGCGAGUAGAGCAGGUUUGAAAGCUGGUGAUUUCAUAUUGGAGGUAAAUAAUAUCAAUGUUACUACCAUGUCACAUGAAGCUGUUGUUUCACUUAUUAGAGGUUCCAGUGAUAUUUUAGCUUUAAAAGUCAUAACCAUAGACCCUGAUCAAAUCAAUACAACCCCCAAAUUAUCACAGCAUUCAGUCAAUAGUAACAGAUUUUGUGAAUCGUCAGACAAUAUUUACAAUGCGAAAACGAAAAAAUCCAAUUAUGAGGAAAACUUUUCAAACAAAUUUUGUGACUCUGUCGAAAGCAAAUGGUCUAGUAACACUGAAAAUCUUUACAGAACUAUUUGUAGAGAUACAUUUCAUUCAAAUCAGAAUAAUGUUUCCAGAAAAUUAGAUAAUUCAACAAACAAAACAUUGACAAACGAUCAUUUACAGUCUCUUCGACUGGAUUCCAGUUCACCUGUAUCCUCUAUAGGAUCACCUUCAUGUAGAACAUCAGCCACCCCACCACCAUUGUCAAAUAAACCAGUGCUAACAAGCAAGACUCUAUCUAAAAUUGGAUUGCAAAAUGGACUAAAUAAUGAUAAAAAAGACGAAUCUAACCUUACUCUCAGCUUAAAAUUCAAGCCAAGACAUUCUGAAAAAAUUUGCGAUUCUGUAGGCGAACUUGGAACAUCUUUGUCAGCUAAUCAUCCACCUCCUGCAAAUUCACCAACUGCAUCAUCCAGUAGCUCAAAUAUAAUCCCAUCUCCACCGCCACUUAUGAUAACACCAAACAAAACAUCUCCCUAUACAAAACCUGAAACACCUUCUGGGAUUCUGAAAAAGACUUUACAUGAUAAGUUGUCAGAAAAUACUAAACAUUCCAAAAACCAAGAAAAUGGUUGGAAACAGAAUGUUUGGUCAGAUCAACUCUUACUUCCACCACCUCCACCUCCAGAGGAGUUUGAAUUAGAUGUUGUUACUAUCCCGAAGGUUUACCACUCCAAUCCCAAACAGAAUUCUACCAAUUAUAACAAUAAUAAUGAAGCAGUUUACAAAACCUCUCCUUCACCACGAAUUAAUACGCAAUCAUCUUUUGAAGACAAUCUCAGAAGAGCAGUGGCUGAACGUCGUCGUCUAAUCGAAAUGGCUUCUGAAGAGGAUGACUAUGAUUUGGAAUCAGUACGCAAUAAAAGCACUCAUAGUGUAACAUCUACUGAGAAUAGCACCAAACCUUUAAAUCAACGAGUAGAAAUUGUUUCAUCAAAUGGAACGUCAUUUAAUUCAGCUGCAGACAAUUCGCGCUCGCGAACAUUACCUGGUAGUUUGCCAACAAACAAUACUAUUCCUCCACCUGAAAAUUUCAAAGAUUUUGAUAAUACUACGAAUAAAGUUCACUGUAAUACAAUGAUAAACAAUCAUGAAAACGUUCAAAUAAAAAUCAAGCCAAAGCUUCCAUUAUUACAAUCAUCUUUCACUAAAGAUACAAACAAAACUCAAGGUUCACCAAAGAUUGA